AUGAGCGACAACAAGGGCCCAGUUACCGCAUACCCUGCCACAGAGAUCACACCUCAAAACCAAGAAGGCGGCCCUGGUCUAGACGCAAAGACCGAUCAAAAAGCAGAAUGGUCGCGUCUCGAGUUCUGGGACGAGAACCAGAAACCCUACCUUAAGGAAUAUGAAGGCCGUGGUCUGAUGCAAGGCAAGGCCGCGUUGGUCACAGGCGGAGACUCUGGUAUCGGACGCGCUGUAGCGAUCCUAUUCGCAAGAGAAGGCGCCGAUGUCAGCAUCGUGUACUUGCCCGAAGAGGAGGAGGAUGCGCAAUACGUCAAGAAGAAGAUCGAAGAAGCCGGCCGCAAAGCAAACCUCAUGCAACUCAACCUGCGAGAGAGGAAGAACUGCGAGCAAGCCGUUGAGCAACACAUGAAGGUCUUCGGCAAGCUGAACGUACUUGUCAACAACGCCGCCAUGCAAGAAGCCUGCACAGACAUAACCGAAAUCGACCUGGACGUAACCGAAAAGACCUUCCACACCAACGUCAUCUCCAUGUUCGCCAUGUCCAAAUACGCGCUCAAACACAUGAAGCGCGGCGACUGCAUCGUAAACAGCGCUUCAGUCGCAUCCUACAUGUCCAACCCCAUGCUCCUCGACUACGCCUCCACGAAGGGCGCCAUCGUAACUUUCACCCGCGGUCUUGCGCAGCAGCAAGCACCAAAUGGUAUCCGUGUUAACGCUGUUGCGCCGGGCAUCAUUUGGACGCCGCUGCAGCCGGCGACGAAGAACAACCCGGCGGAUGCGAUGGACAGCUUGGGUGUAGGUGCUUGCCCGCUGAAUCGCCCGGGUAUGCCGGUCGAGAUGGCGACGUGUUAUGUGCAUCUUGCUAGUCCGUUGGGCAGUUAUUGUACGGGUGAGGUAAUCCAUGGGAGUGGAGGAAUUGAGAUGCAGGGUUAA